AUGACCCUCAAGUCUCCAUUUACAUCCUCCAUCGCAAGUCCCGGCAAUGGCAAAGUCGUUCUCUCGCUCCUCCCUCCGUCCGUCCCGACUCUGACUACAUUGACCUACAAAUACCCGCUGAAGCUGCUCUCUCGCGCCCCGGGAUUUACCCCUGAAUCGUCCGUGCUGGAUGAUUGCGCCACCAGACCUAUCCACUUGUAUCUCCUGACGUACGGCGGCGGUCUCCUUCCGGGCGAUCAUAUCGACGUGUCGAUAACCCUGAAUCCGCAGACAAGGCUGGUUGUGACCACGCCGCAAGGGAGCACCAAGAUAUUCAAGACAGCUCCUGGCGCGCAGGGGAGGUCUCAUGGGGGCAAUCCGGGCGAUGACAUGAGCCGACAGACGCUGGAUGUCCAUAUCGGAAGUCAAGCCGCACUGUGCUAUCUCCCGGACCCAUCUGCGCCUUUCAAGGACAGUCGAUACGAACAAGUGCAGAUUUUCACAGUGGACGGGACACAGACAGGAAACAAAAGGAGUAGCCUGUGCGUACUGGACUGGGUAACACAGGGUCGCACCUCGCGAGGGGAAAACUGGGAUUUCCAGCUCUGGAAAGGGCGGAACGAGGUGUGGUCCGAGGACAAGUCAAGUGGGAAACGGAGGCUAUUGCUGAGGGAUUCGGUAAUCCUUGACAAUGAGGCGAAGGACGCAGAGGGGCUCAUCCGUGAACGCACCUGGCCUCACGGUAUAAUUGGAACCCUGAUCCUGUACGGGCCUAUCUUCGACCGAUUGGGGUCCUUUUUUAUGGAGGAAUUCGCUUCUCAGCCUCGCGUUGGCGGUCGAAACUGGUCGACAUCCUCAUCGUCCACAGCAUCUGUUCCCUCCAAGCACGAUAAGGUCACAUGGACAGCAGCUCGUGUGCGAGGAGGCUUCGUCCUGGUGAAAUUCGGAGCAAAGGACUUUGAGACAGCCCAGGGCUGGCUGGGCCAACUCAUCCGGGAAGAAGGUAGUGUGGUGCGAGAAUUUGGCGAGGAGGCCCUGUUCUGUUUAUAG